AUGCUAGUAUUGGUGCAUUGGUUGUUCGCCCGCAGAGUUUCCAACAGCGCAGGGACCGCCGAGGAUGCCGUUGGAGGCGUCCUGACCGCGGGUUCUUGCCAGCCGGUUGAAUCAAAGGACGGUUUCACGCCGGAGGACUCUCUGAAGCGCACACUAUUUGCGCGGAGCCUGAUCCAAGAGGCGGUAGCAUUGUCCAAAGCCUUCUCACCACAGCUUGGUUUCAUUUACGAGCUCCUCACUCUAGCUCCUGUGCCGCUCCAAGAGACUAGCACGCAAGGCACGCCCGAUUUGUACAUUCGCGUGUUGAAGGCCGGGAAGUCUCCAACAGAAGUUGCGCUUUGGGACUUCAGCACUUUUCAAGACCGGCUGAAGUUUAUGAGGCAGGCAUGGCAGGCCUCGAGUCUUCGCUCAGAUCGUCCCUGGGUGGACACAGAAAGCACAGCAGCGGCUUUGGGACGCCAGCUGUCACAUCCACCCCGGGGCGAGCUGAUGUACCACAUACAGCAAACACCUACUAUUUCGAAUUCUGCAGUGCAAGUCAACAGCCACCCAAAGGGUGUCGUAUGUUUGGUUUCGCCAUGCUCUGUAAAGCCCCAAAGGGGCCUUGAUGGGCAGGCCUGUACCCAGAUGUCUUUGUCCCAAGCAGCCUUCCAAAGUUCUGUCCACAAGACAUGCGGAAGGCUACAGUCGUUGUCUUCACCGACAGCCUACCGUGGCAUUCAUCUAUGCACCGAGCCCGUCGUACCAACCGCGCCUUCCUCGUCAUUCUCAUUGACACCGAUAUUCGAAAUCUGA